AUGACCGUCAACGGAUAUCCCAAUUUGUUUUUCCCGGCAGGUCCACAGGGCCCAUUGUCUUUUACGAGUGGACCUAUCGGCAUCGAGAUGAAGUGUGGGAUUAUCUGCGAUGCGAUUGGACGGUUACAGGCAGACGGAAAUACUAUCCUAGAGCUCACUGCCGCUGCUCAGGAAACUUGGAGUCAAUAUGUCAAGUCCCACUUCGAUGGAACAUUGUUCCUCGAUUCCCUGGACUCGUGGUUUCUGGGUGAAAACAUCCCGGGGAAGAAACGCGAAGUACUUAGCUAUGCUGCUGGAUUAUCUCAGUAUGAGAUGGACUGUGAAAAGCUUUCAAUUCUUGGGACGGAUUCACACGGAAGUAGUUAA